CCUGCCCUCACCGGGCGCAGUCGUCCUGCGCCCCCAGUGUUCCUUCUGGCCGCCGGAGAGUUUUGACCUGAGCCGCAACACAGCGCAAAAGUCCAGUGAUCGGACCUGGAGUGCAUUGAGUGAAGAUGAUUCCUGUGCUGAUCUGUGCUUUGGUCUCUCUGAGUGUUGCGGAAACCAAUUUAGACAUUCUGUACCCUGAGCUGGAGCACUCCAGAACCAUCUAUGUUACAGAAAAUGGGCCCAAAUUCAAUGUGAUGGCUGAACAAGCCAAGGUUGUAACGAGGCGAGGGGGGAAUGUAACGUUACCAUGCCUGAUUCAGAGAGAGCAGCAACUGCCACCCAGUCGCAAGAUGAGGAUCAAGUGGACCAAACUGACUUCAGACUAUCUGAAAGAGGUGGACGUGUUUGUCGCCAUGGGUUACCACAAAAGGAGUUACGGGACUUUCCAAGGACGUGUCCAAUUGCAAGGCUCCUCCCCAGUGGAUGCCUCCCUGGUGAUGACAGAUGUCACUUUGGACGAUUAUGGGAGAUACAAAUGUGAAGUGAUUGAUGGUCUGGAGGAUGACACAGUGGUGGUGUCCCUCGAACUUGAAGGUGUUGUCUUCCCCUACUUCCCCCGGCUGGGCCGCUACAACCUGAAUUUUUAUGAUGCCGAGCGGGCAUGUCGAGAUCAGGAUGCCGUGGUGGCAUCCUUCGACCAGCUGUACGGGGCGUGGCGCGGCGGGAUGGACUGGUGCAACGCCGGCUGGCUGAGCGACGGCUCUGUGCAGUACCCCAUCACCACCCCCAGAGAACCCUGCGGAGGGAGGAACACGGUGCCGGGCAUUCGCAACUAUGGCCUGAGAGACAAGGACAAGAGCCACUACGAUGUGUUCUGUUUCACUUCCUUCCACAAAGGUAAAUUCUACUACCUGAUCCAGUCGUCUAAGCUCACCUACGACGAGGCUGUGAGGGCUUGUCAAAAAGAUGGUGCUCAGAUCGCCAAGGUUGGCCAAAUGUUCGCUGCCUGGAAGCUAAACAAGUACGACCGCUGUGACGCCGGCUGGUUGGCGGACGCCAGCGUCCGUUACCCCAUCUACCAUCCAAGGCGCCGCUGCAGUCCCACAGAGGCCGCUGUGAGGUUCAAUGGCUUCCCCGACAAGAAGCACAAGCUGUACGGAGUAUACUGCUACAAGGAGAACAACUAAUCCUGCGAAGGCCGUUCUGCAAACACCUAUACACAGUUCACAAGCAUGUACAAACAUAAACGUCAAAGAACACUCUUAAACUGCAUAGAAAAGAGAAUUGUAAUAACAGGUGAUGCUUUCACUCAUGGGAGAUUUAAGAUGUUGCAUCAUCAUUCAGGACCUUAAAAUAUAUUUCACACAUAUAUUAGAUAUUAUUUAAUCAAUGCCAAUAAUCGGUUGGGUGGGGCUGAUGUGUGUGGGUGAGAUUUGGAAAUAUAAAAGCUAAUGCAAAAA